AUGAGGGCACACUUGAAGAAAGCUGGACUUGUUGGAAUAUUAUUUUUUCUUACAUAUUUGUUUUACUUUUAUGCAUCCUUUAUCCAUUCUCCUGCUGCUCAUCGGAAGGCUAUAGAUUACAAUGAUGGCCUGAAGAGUCAACUGGACAAAAUUCAAAAUACACUCCAGAAACUAGCACAAUUAAUUGAGGCUCAAGAAAUCACUCACAAGAAAGCUGAACCACCUCUAACUAAAGCCAAACCACAGAUAAAAACAAAGAAAUUGUAUCCAAAUUCUUUGCUUUUUGCAAAAUGGGGCGAUGGUCUGUCAUUGGAGGAGCAAAGAGAGGCUCAAGGACUGUACGAAAUCUACGGUUACAAUGCUUUUUUGAGCAACAGGCUGCCACUGAACAGAGAGCUGCCAGAUACGAGACCAGUCAAAUGCCUCACCAAAGAUUAUCCCGAAGACUUGCCUUCUCUUGCUGUGAUUGUCAUUUACCUGAAUGAGGCUCUUUCAAUAAUCAAAAGAGCAAUCCGAAGCAUCAUUGACCGCACUCCGAGGCACCUGCUGAAGGAAAUAAUUUUAGUGGAUGACUAUAGCACUAACAAUGACCUUGGGGGUAUGCUGCAAGAGUAUAUUAAUGAAAUACACAAAGAAAGGCCUGGUCUCAUCAAGAAGGUGCGACAUCAAAAGCAAAUGGGACUGUCCCAGGCAAGAAUCUCAGGCUGGAAACAUGCGACCGCUGAUGCAGUGGCUGUAUUGGAUGCCCACAUUGAAGCCACUGAAGGAUGGGCAGAGCCUUUGCUGGCCAGAAUCAAAGAGGACAGGACAGUGGUGGUGUCCCCUGUGUUUGAUAAAGUCCAUUUUGACGAUUUGCAUGUGGAAAGGUAUUACUCUUUUGCCCAAGGAUUUGACUGGGCACUGUGGUGCAUCUAUGAGGCAUUUAGUCCGGAGUGGUACAAUAUGUUGGACGAGUCGCAGCCUGGGAAGAGUCCCUCUCUUAUGGGAAUCUUUGUAGCUGACAGAGUUUUCCUUGGGGAGAUUGGAGCACUUGAUGGAGGAAUGACUGUCUAUGGUGGAGAGAAUGUGGAACUUGGGGUUCAUGUAUGGCUGUGUGGCGGCAGUAUAGAGGUGGUGCCCUGUUCCAGAAUUGCUCAUAUUGAACGCUCUCAUAAACCGUAUGCCUUAGAUCUCACUGUUCACAUGAAAAGAAACGCCUUGAGGGUGGCAGAAACCUGGUUUGACCAAUACAAAAAUAAUGUGCUCAUUGCAUGGAACCUCCCUUUGCAGGAUCAUGGCAUAGACGUUGGUGACAUAAGUGAGAGAGAGCAGCUCAAAAAGAAGCUGAAGUGUAAGCCUUUCAAGUGGUACCUGGAAAGUGUGUACCCAAGCCUGGAAAUGUGGGAUAACAUCCUAGCAUAUGGCACUCUCAAAAACAGUCUUUCUGUGAAGUUCUGUCUGGAUCAAGGACCUGUUCCAGGAACCAUUCCUGUGUUGUAUGAAUGCAACUAUCAACAGCCACAGCAUUGCUAUUAUAACACUGAGGGACAAAUUAUCAUUGGAGGAAUUAGAUCACACACUUACAACAACAAUUGGUGUCUGGUCGAUCCAGGAAGUAGCAGCACACCAUUACUGCAAGACUGCAAACUAGCAAGGUCCCAAAACCUGCACAUGCUCUGGGAUUUUAAACAAGGUGGAGUGAUAAAAAACAGAAGCACAAAAAGAUGUCUGGAAAUAGCUCGGGGGCGGACUCUCUUCUAUCAGCUUAUCCUUCAGCAUUGUAGUGGGCAGAGCUGGAGUUUUGAACAUGUCAUCUAACAUCUAUAGACUCACAAAGCCACACCUGUUUGAAAAAAUAAGUUGUGAUGAUGGCCUAUUGUUUAUCAUCUGAUCAGACUAGUUUAUCA